CCAAGGCGCCACGGUCGCCGCUGCUGCCGCCUACAGCAAAGAGCCACUUCUUCUGUCUCUGCUGCUAUUUCAAAGGGCAGCAGCAGCAGCAAGCAGCAUCAACAGCAGCAGCAGCAGCAAAGCAGCAGACAGUUAUAUGAGCAGCAGCAGCAGCAACAGCAACUAAUCCGUUCGCUACGUGUUUGAGCAGGGUGCGUUGUUGCUGGCGAGUUAGCCAGCCGGCUGCGUUAUUGUUGAGAGAUUAGUGUUGUUAAGUGCGGGCAGGAGUUCCGAAGCUAAAUGCGUAUUGCGAGUGCCGUGCGUGAGAGGGGUGCAGCGACUGGCGCCGUGGUUAUUGCACAGCGCUUCCAACCCGACGAUCUGAGUUCCGAUUCCAGGCCGCGAAAAACGUCAGCGUUGAGCGAUUUCUGAACAAGUCCUGGGCGUCUCUUAGAUCGACUCGGCCGUGAAUGAGUACUCAGUGCCGAAUGUAUAAACGUUAGCACUGGGGAGACAAAGGCGGUCGGGUGUGGUUCUGGCUACACCUCACACCUCGUGCGCCGUGCUCACCUUCAUAGGUAACAGCACUUGCCGCAACAGCCGAGUAAAGACUACAGGGGGUAGGUUGUCUUUGUCUGUCUGUGUUUGGUGCGUUGAUCACGACGGCAUUUAGCGCUGAGCGAGCGGUACUCGUGUUGCGUCGAGCUGGGGAUCGGUGACUACUUCAAGACAAUCCGGCUCGUAUUCCCGAAUCUGGAGGUCCAGCAGUGGAGAAACCAUGGAACUCCUCGUGGCGUCCACCGCUCUGGGUUUGGCAUCUCAACCGAACGCCACGUGGGACUCCGCCGACUCGGCGAACGCGUCGAGCUGGUCACACGACCCGACCUCGACGUCGUCGCCUCUCGUCAACGCGAGCGCCGGCGGGGCCACCAAUCGAUUCGCGCAGCGCCCGUGGCAGGUCGCGCUGUGGUCCGUGGCCUACGGUGGCAUCGUAGCCGUGGCCUUUUUCGGCAACAUGGUGGUCAUCUGGAUCGUGGUGGCCCAUCGUCGCAUGCGCACCGUCACCAACUACUUCUUGGUGAACCUGGCGGUGGCCGACUCGGCCAUGGCCGCGCUCAACACGAGCAUCAACUUCGUGUACGCGGUGCACAACGACUGGUAUUUCGGUGGCGCCUACUGCCGCUUCCAGAACUUCAUCCCCGUGGCCGCGGUGUUCGCCAGCAUCUACUCUAUGACGGCCAUAGCGGUGGACAGGUACAUGGCGAUCAGACACCCGCUCAAGCCACGCAUGACGGCGCAGAGCACCCGCUUGGUGAUGGCCGGCAUCUGGGCUCUUGCCAUGUGCCUCUCCCUGCCGCUAUCCAUCUACUCGCGCGUCGAGCAGAGGUUCGGCCGUUUCGUCUGCCUCGUGGACUGGCCCGGGAAGAUGGGCGGCGACAGCCAGUUCAUAUACCAGCUGGUGGUGAUGACCCUGGUGUACGUAUUUCCUCUGCUGGUGAUGGCCGUCACCUACACGAUAGUGGGAGUCACGCUCUGGGGGGGGACCAUUCCUGGCGAUAGCUCGGAACACUUUCGGGAGCAGCUGCGAUCCAAGCGCAAGGUGGUGAAGAUGAUGAUCGUGGUGGUGGUGACGUUCGCCGUGUGCUGGAUGCCCUACCACGUCUACUUCCUGCUGGGCCGCACGCUCAAUCGAAUCUAUCACAGGAAGUACAUCCAGCAGGUGUACCUGGCCAUCUUCUGGCUGGCCAUGAGCUCCACGAUGUACAACCCCAUCAUUUACUGUUGCCUCAACAGCAGGUUUCGCACGGGCUUCAAACGCGCCUUCCGCUGGUGCCCGCUCGUGCGCGUGUCCAGCGACGAGGCCUUAGAGCUCUACUCCACCAAGUCGCGCCGCACGCGACACAGCGUCAUGAUGUACUCGCUGACGCGCAUCGACACGAGCGUGCUCACUUCGCUCGACUCCCAGCAAUUGCAGCAGCAGCAGCAGCAACAGCAGCAACAGCAGCCGAAGCAGCAGCAGGAGCAGCAGCAGCAGCAGCAGACGCACGAGGCUCAACGUGAAGAUCGACCGUCGGGGACGCGCCCGACUCUCCCGGGACCUGGGACCAACGGCCACCCCAACCAGUUCGCGUGAUCGAUCAGGCCGAUCUUCGUUCCGUCGGUUCGUGGUGGCGCUCGUAGUUUUACAUCAGCGGGAAUCGCCAACGACCGAGCAGGCAGACGUACUUGCAUAGAGACAGACGUACAUACAGACAGACAGAACGCACGCACGCACGCAUACCCACACACACACACAAAAAAGACCAGUGCCAAGCCUGUUCUCACUUGAUUGCCGUGAACAAACCCAGCUACAAGUGUGGCUAAAAUGAAGUGUUCCCGGCACUGGGCCGGUUAGUAAGUUGACAAGGCAGAUGAUGCUCACUCGCGGCGAUGAAUGAGGGUGGCAAUGUGUAUUGAACGAGCACUGACAGGGAGUCGUGGGGUGUUCUAAUGCCGUAGCUUAACCACUGAAUCUGUAAGGGAGCAGCGUCGGGAAAGUCUUCUGGCCCUGUGACCCCCCCCCCCCCCCCCCAUUGAUCAUCGAUGCCAACGCUGUAAAGUAGCACAGUAAAACGACGACGGAGCGAAGGCUCGUUGCUCCGAUGUGCGUGUAGUUUUUGUGUCAGGUUUUGGGCAAUUGCAUUCAACGUUACAGACACAUUGCGGCCGUCGCUGCAAUAUCAUGCGUUAACACGUAACGUCUCGUCUAACAUAAUACACACCAUAUGUUGAGUGUUGCCGCUGUACGGGGAUGAACAUAGUUCCAUUUUACAGCUUUAAGAUUUUUUUGUUUACACAGAGUGUAUAAAAUUAUCGAUGGUUCUAUGAUAACGUUGCUUUUAGAUAUGAGUGUAGUGUAAAUCUUGGGUAAUAUAAAGAAAUGUUACGUGCCAAAAGCUUACAAGAAUUGUGCAUCUGUGAAAUUAUUACAAGUAAAAUGGCUGUUCUUUAACAAACGUU